CCGGCUGUGUCAGUGAUUUCGUCCAGUCCACUGCCAUGUUGGAUAGAAGUUGGAAGUUUGGAUUUUAGUCAGGUAGAGCGGUUCGGUUUCUUGAAUAACCUGAGGAUACCCUACUUGUUAAAACUGCCCAGGUCUUUGAACAGCUGAUGCGUGAUCCCCCCGCAUGAUGUCCUGCCCAGAUGAGAGGCUGCCUGCAGUGUUAUGUUAAUCAAUGUCGUUGAACGUCUGAAAGAGUGACAGGAACCCAGCAGCUUGGAAACAUGAACAACCAGCAGCCUCCGCCAGUGCGACGGGUAGUGACUAACGUCGGCUCCCUAGUCCUCACACAGCAGGAAAAUGAAAUUCUGUUUAACUGCCUCAGCAGGAAAUGCACGUCGCUGUGUUCUGCUGUGGUUCAAGUUUAUGGGGCGGAGCACAGUCCUCAGUGGACAAAGAAAUGCUGUGGAGUAGCCUGCUUAGUGAAAGACAAUCCACAAAGAUCCUACUUUAUCAGAGUCUAUGAUAUAAAGGAUUCAAGGCAACUCUGGGAACAGGAACUCUACAAUUCAUUUUGUUUUACUCAUCCAAAGCUGUACUUUAUUACCUUUCCUGGUGAUUGGAAGUUUCAGUAUUACUCUACAAGACUUUUCUUUAAUGAAUACUGCACAGGUGGGCUUAAACUGCCAGAUGAUUCUACCCCACUAUCUGUUUUUGUUUUGUUUGUUGAUUCUCUGCAUAUUUUGUCUUCAGGUCCCUCUUUACCAAUGGCUACUGUGGAUAUCAAGAAUCCAGAAAUACACAUUAGAAAUGUUAAUUCACAGCCCAACAACAUUAUGUAUACCAAAGAAAAGAAAAAAGGAAAAAAUAAAAAGAAGAAAUUAACAAAAGCAGAUAUUGGUACUCCAAGUAAUUUCCAGCACAUUGGACAUGUUGGCUGGGACCCAAACACAGGUUUUGAUUUAAAUAACUUGGAUCCAGAGCUGAAACAUUUAUUUGAUAUUUGUGGCAUCUCAGAAGCUCAAUUGAAAGACAAAGAAACUUCAAAGGCAAUAUAUGACUUUAUUGAAAAAACUGGAGGUGUGGAAGCAGUUAAAAAUGAAUUGCGCAGACAAGCACCACCUCCACCUCCACCAUCUAGGAGCGGAUUACCACCAACUCCACCUACACAUACCACAGGGCCGCCACCGCCACCACCUCCUCCUGCAAGAGGACCACGAAUCGUAGCACCUCCUCCUCCACCUUCCAGAGCUCCUACAUCAGCACCACCACCACCACCUCCUUCCAGAUCAGGUCCUGGAGCUCCACCACCACCACUUCCUCCAAGCAGAGGGUACCCUCCUCCUCCUCCUCCUCCACUCCAUUCUUCAGCAGCUCCAUCUGGUCCACCACCACCUCCACCACCACCUCCUGGAUCCGGUGGUUUCUCAUCACAAGCACCACCUCCUCCACCUCCACCUCCUCUUCCUCCUGGGCCUCCACCUCCUCCGGGGCCUCCUCCACCUCCUGCCUUUUCUAGUGACAAUGAACAGAACUUUGCACCUGGAUCUGUAAAUAAAUCAGCUCUUUUAGACCAGAUUAAAGAAGGAGCCCAGUUAAAAAAGGUAGACCCAAACAAUCGGCCGGUGUCCACUGCUGGAGGAAGAGAUGCACUCUUAGAUCAGAUACGGCAGGGUAUUCAGCUCAAGUCCGUAACUGAUGGCACAGAUUCAUCACCACAAACACCUGUUCCUGCUACUGGCAUUGUGGGAGCACUUAUGGAAGUGAUGCAGAAAAGGAGCAAAGCCAUUCAUUCUUCAGAUGAAGACGAGGAUGAAGAUGAUGAUGAGGAAUUUGAGGAUGAUGAUGAAUGGGAUGAUUAAUUUUGUUGAAGAUUAAACACUAAAUACUACUUCCUGUCUUUUUAAAUUCUGUAAAAUUAUCAUGUAAAUGUUCUACCAGUUUGCUGUAUAUUUUUGUUGCCUUUCGCUUUUUUAUUAAUCUGUGCAAUACCUCAUUUAAUCUGUAAAGGUUUGUCAUAUAGAUAUAUAUAUACAUAUAUAUAUAAUGUAAAGCUUUUCCUGUUACUUUGCAGUUUAUACCAGUACACAAUAACACAUUAUUUGGUUCCAUCAUGGAAUAAGGGAGUUUUAACUGUACUGAGUGAAAAACUGAGAAAAUUUUAUGUUGUAAUUGUUCUGAUGCAAGAAGAAAAACACUAUUUUCAUACCCUACUUUUCUGUACUUAAUGUUUUCUUACUAAAAAAAAAAAAACUAGUAUGGCACUACAUUUUAAAUUAUGCAGCUCUUAGAUUUAACACCUCCAGACAAGUGCUACAUGAAUGUUGGGGAUAUAAUUUUGCACAGUAUUUUAACUAUCACUACAACAGUGCAGUCUGUUUUACUGUACUUCACCAUGUGCUUUAUUACAGAAAUUCACUACAGCAGUACCUACGCAGUUAGUUCUGAAGGUUAAUCAAGUUCUGAUCGUUAGCAGUACUUAUCAUUGUUUUACAGUGGUCAUGCCUAGAUAUGCAAGUCACUAACAAACAUUGCAUCUGUUUUUUUAAACCUACCUUUUUUCGUCAGCACUCAUUAAAGAUUUUCUUACAUUUUAAAUUAGAUACUUUGCUUGGCUAUUACAUCAUCGUAAGACAGGUAAAGUGAUUUUGCACAGUACUUCAUAUGGUUAGAUUUCAUGAUGGACUGCAGUUAAGAAUAUUUUUUUUCCAGUUUGUGUGUUAGUCUGUUCAAAGACUCUGUGCAAGGCUCACCACAGCUGUGUUUGGGUUAUUUUGUUUUGAUCUUUGUAAAACAUUGAUGUAAUAUAUGGCAACACUGUAUGCAUUUUCAACACUACAGUUGUAUAGGAAAUACAUUUCACAACAUUUGGGGGAUUUUGGGGCAUUAAAUACCAAAUUAAAUGUCAACAUUCUCUUCAGGACUGCUUACAAAAACUUGGAAUGAUAUUAAAUUGUAUACUUAAUAAAUGUUAAUAUUUACUGAAAUUCAUUGUAAUAUUUUUCUCUGCUCAUCAGACUACAGGAUCGCAGCUAGCUAAUGCAGUAGAGAUUCAGCUCUGUUCUUGUCCAUGCAUGUGCAGCACUUUUAACAGUUGCAUGUGACCAGAAAGAUGGGAUUUUAUGAAGCUUCAUUUGCAUUCAUAUAUGCAUUAAGAAAAUCGUGCAUACUUAUUAGUUUCUUUGAAUGGAUGCAAAACACGUUUUUGUAUUCUAUGUGCAUAGGCUGGUUAUUCACACAAUAUUCUUUGGAGUUUUCAAAGGGCUUUAUGUUUAUUUUUAAAUUACCAUAUAUCUUAAAAUAUCUUUAGUGUAAUUAAUUUUGAAAUAAUGUACAAUUACUAGAAUAUUGCACUGGUGGCAAUGCAUCAUGGAGCUUAAUAAAUUAAAUUUGAACAUA